AAAGUAGUCACGUGUUUUACACGCGAAACUUGAGUGAACGCAAAAUAUGUCAGUACAUGUAAGUGAACGAAAACGAUUCGUUCGUUGUAAAGAUUCAUUUGGAAACAGAAUCAAUUCCCUAACGAAUCAUCUCCAAACGACGCGCCUAAAGUAACAGCUACCAAAUAGCAAGACGGCUAACUAUGUCCUUCAAAAAAAGCUCAUUCAGUGAGCAGUUUACUCUCUGCAGUGCACUUUUACAGGCUACACAACAGGGGGAGUCUCAAGCUGCAGAACUAAAGGACAAACAACAAAUCCUAAACUCUGCUCAGGAUACACUAUCAAAGACAGUAAAGAGUUUUGCCACUGUUUCCAGUAACAUUAAACUGAAAGUCCAACAAAUCACUGGCAUCACAAAUGAGAUGGAACAUGUAAACAGGCAAAUUGAGAGACAGCAAACAGAGAUACAAGUGAUCCAGAUGGAAAACAGGACAUUCUGCUGCAGCAUAGAAGAGCAAUUAGAGAAGUCACAUUCCUUGCUGGCUUGGUACAACAAUUGCCAUAAUAAAAUGAAGAGCUACAAAAUGUCACUUGCUACACUGGAGAGCCAAACAACUAUUCAUAUGGAGUUGAUGGAGAAAAGGGAAAAGGUGAAGAGACAAAAGGAGCACAUAAAUGAACUGAAGAUGGACUUACAGAAUCCAGAGGGGAAUGCAAUACAACAGGCUCAGAAAGAAAUUGUCAUCAUUAAGGCCCAGAUACAUAAAACAAAAGAGCUUGUAAGAAGAAAAGCGACACUGCUGGAGAAUGAGAAAAAGAACCAUUCACAACUGAGAAGAGAUAUAGCAAUUCAUAACAGAAGAUGUGAGGCCAUUAUAAAAUGGCUUUGCUGCCAACUAAACAAGUCUCAGUCCACCAAACAAGAGCUAAGCAGUGAAAUAUUCCAUAUGGAGAAAGAGGUGAAACAUCUUAAGAAGCAACUAGGUACUUUAAACAAUGUAGGAUGAAUCAAUGUACAAAUGUGCUGUUGGUAUUCUUUCAGUUUGUCCAUGAAGUGCAUGGUUCAGUAAGACAAUAUUAUUUGUGUUCUGAGAUUUUUCAUUCAUUAUUCUUAUUUUAGGUUAUUUCUGUGGAAGACUAUGUGAAUAAAUGCGUGUACAACGCAAUAAAGUGUACAAUCUGAAUAACAAACAAUAAAUGCACAUAUUCCUGUCAGAAUUUU